AUGAUGCCUCUUUUAACUGCUGAAUACGCUUACCUUUUUCUCAUCGUCUCCAUCCGCUUUUCCCUUUUACUUGAAAUUGCAUCCUCCCACUGGCCACCGACAAUCUCUCCGCUCUGUCCAUACCUCCGACGAACGUCAGUUCUUGCUCCGCCUUCGGUGCUCCUCGCUCAUCAUCCGUCGCUCCAUGUCAUCAUUGCCACCGCCGACUCAUCAAAUGAUAAUGAUGAUGCUUCCAAUGACACUAGUGCUCGAGCUCCUAGUGAUAAAUCUCAUGGUGGUUCUACUUAUAAGCCCGAUAAAAAUGCUAAAACUACUGAUGCUUCUACUGAUAGGCCCGAUAAAAGGGCUAAAACCAGUGAUGCUUCUACUGAUAGGAUCGAUAGGGAUAAAGCCUCUAAAACCUCUGUUAGUCUUGAUGAGUUGAGUCUUGAUAUGCAAAAAGCUUUGCAACAAUUGGUGAAUAGCAAGGAAGGGCCAGCAGUAAAAGAAAAUCAUGAGAGGUUGAAGCUAGUUGGAUUAGAUCCAAUGGAUCAUAUAUUUUUGGCAACCUUUCACCUUUUUGGAAUGUCCAUUAAUAUGAGAGAGGCAUGUAUGACAUUGCCACCAAUACCUGAGGUCUUAAAAGGGUGGAUAAAGAUUGACACCAUAUUAGGGAUAUUUAAGUAG